ACUGGACGGUGAUGAUUUAUUUUUCAAUACAGUAAGAUACGAUCUCCUUCAUUGCCAUACUCUAAGUAUCCCUCCGGCCCAUAGAAGCGAAAUUUUCACAUUUCAGUGAAAAUGCAGUCGCAGUGGGAGUCCGUUAAUAGCCUUCUUGGUCUUAGACUAUGAUGUCUUUAGUCCUAGAAAGUAGGAAAGGAUGGCAAAACUGACCUAGAGUAUAAAAACUCAAGCCAUCUUCCCUGGAAUAUUUUAGUCUGUCCUACGCUUUCGUAGAGUACGCAUCUCUGACUGAGUCUGGUGAAAAACUAGUACCUACCAUUGCUCAUUCGAUUUUAUAAGCUUUGUUUGUUAUUCUAAUAAUUCAGAGUAUUACAAAAUGGCGUUUUACGAACGACAUGGAAAGAAAUAUUUUGCCGACCAACUAAUAGAAUCUUUAAGAUGUGGUGAAAAACAGACGGUUGUGCAUCUAAUACAAGAUGUUGCGGCAGAUGAACUGGUAGACUGUCACCGUGUAACUUUACUACAUCUGGCUGCCAAGUACAAUAAUGCGGAAAUAGUAAAGUAUUUGAUAAAUCACGGGUCAGUAAUUGACGCCGUCGACGAUGGCGAAACGACGCCGCUCAUAACAGCCGUGAAGGAAGAGAGCGUCAAAGCAGUGAAAACACUACUGGAGGAAGGUGCAAGUUUCUAUCCAUCUCAGUUUUACGAAAAGUGUGCACUUAACGUAGCUGUAAAAUUGUCGAAAACACCGAGAAGCUUGAAGAUAUUUAAGCAAUUUUUCUACAAAAUAUCGCUCGAUCUCGCCAACGGACAUUUCAGCAUUAACGAAUUGGCGAAUAAACUGCGACAAGCCGAGUGUCCUUUAUAUCGAGCUGUCUUUUUGUACGAUCCCGAAGUGACGAAAGCGUUGAUCGAUUUCGAACCUGACUGCCUUAAUUCUCAGGACCCCGAUACCGGAAACACUGCGCUACACGAAGCCGCUAAUCAAUCGGACAUUGCAAACAUGCUAGUACUCUUGCAAAAUGGAGCUAAUAUCAAUAUUAAAAAUUAUAAGGGGAAAGAACCGAGGGUUCUUAAGUUCUGUUACAACAUGGAAAUAUUGAGGCUACUGUUGAAAAGAAAUAUCGCGUGGGAGGAGUCAGAGAACGACUGCAAAGCUAUGAAGCUAAGUUACAUUUUAUGCAAAUGUUCAAAAGCAGGUGUGGAACUAUUUUUACAAUACUAUAAUAUAAAUUUCCUGACGAGAGAUAACUACGAGAGGACGCCGUUAUAUUAUUUAAUCGAAAACAAGAAUACCGAUGUAUUGGAGUUAUUUCAGUACAACGACUUUGACGUGAAUGCCCUUGACCGAAGCAAUCAUUCUGCGUUGCAUAACGCUGCGCUUCGCGGCAAUUCGAUCUGCACUUGCUUUUUAUUAGAAAAGGGUGCCGACCCGAAUAUUCGAAGUGACCGUAACUACACUCCUUUAUUUUGUGUCGUCCAGCAGACAAAUGGUGAUUACAGUUCCAGAAAGAAGUGCAUUGAAUUUCUCUUGUUAUUCGGAGCUGAUCCGGAGCAUCAGAAAGAUGGAGAAACAGUGAUCGGUGUGGCUCAACAACUUGGAGUAUCCGAUUUGAUAGAGCCGGUGCUAGCACAUUUAGCACUGAUGGAGUCUGAAAACAAGUCUAUCUCCGAAAUAAAUCGGACGAUAAUCGCUUCGUGUGAAACGACAAAAGACUAUUACGACUGUUGCUUAAUUAGUCUUCUACGUUUGAAACAAGAGAGGCUUUAUCGCUCGCUAACAACGUAUACGUUUCUUAUUUCGGAUGAUUGCACGCUAGCGCGCUACGUUGAUAUACCAUCUGUUUCAGACCGGUUCUCGAAAGAAGAAAUACACUAUAAUUCAUACUACAACGAAAUUUUGAAAAGACGCUUUAAGAAAGCUGUUGAGAUUCAAAGCUUAAGAAAGUUUGCCAUACAUCAUUUGAGCGAUAUCUUUGAAAUUUGGUCUUCGGACAGUCCCAUCCUACAGUCAAUAGUCAACUGUUUAAAGUAUGAAGAAUUGGUGUUAUUGCAAGAAGAUUGAUGCCACAGUAAUCACUGUAAUCACC